GCAAACACCAAUUAUGGCCGAUAAACCAGGCAGGUUCAUUGGAGACGGGCUCCUACAAAGCUUUAGCUUUUCCUAUGAAAUGAUUCUCGACUCUCAGUCAUUUUCAAAUCUCAACAAGUCAACCAAAUGGGGAUUGAGAAAGGAAAGGCAAUGCUGCUAAAUAUUAUAGAGAAAUCCGGUGGUUGCGCCGUUGUAGACGGCGGCUUCGCCACCCAGCUUGAGCUCCACGGCGCCUCCAUUAAUGACCCUCUCUGGAGCGCUCUUUGCCUUAUCAAAAGUCCUGAUCUCAUCAAACUGGUACAUUUGGAAUACUUACAAGCGGGGGCGGAUGUAUUAGUGACUUCAUCUUAUCAGGCCACUCUGCCUGGAUUCUUGUCAAGGGGGAUUUCGUUAGCAGAUGGCGAAUCACUACUGAAAGAUAGUGUAAAGUUAGCUAUAGAAGCCCGGGAUGAGUUUUGGGAAUCUGUGAGAAGAAAUGAGAAACAUAGAUAUAACAGGGCUCUAGUGGCAGCCUCAAUUGGAAGCUAUGGAGCUUAUCUUGCUGAUGGUUCGGAAUACCGUGGAAAAUAUGGAGCAGAUGUGAGCCUUGAGAAAUUGAAGGAUUUCCAUAGGAGGAGACUGCAAGUGCUUGUGGAAGCAGGGGCAGAUUUGUUGGCGUUUGAGACCAUUCCGAAUAAACUUGAAGCCCAGGCAUUGAUUGAGUUGCUGGAUGAAGAAAAUGUAGAGAUUCCAUCAUGGAUCUGUUUCAGCACAGUAGAUGGGGAAAAUGCGGCAUCUGGGGAGAGCUUAAUGGAGUGCCUUGAGGUUAUUAACCCAUGUAACAGAGUUGCAGCGGUUGGUAUAAACUGUUGCCCUCCUCAGUUUAUUCUCACUCUCAUCCAGAAAUUUAAGCAGAUGACUGGAAAGGCAAUAGUUGUUUAUCCCAACAGUGGGGAGACAUGGGACGGCAUCGAAAAACAAUGGCUGCAUUCAAAAUGUUUUGACGAUGAAAAGUUUGGAGAAUUCGCCCCACUAUGGCGUGAAGCUGGAGCUAAUCUCAUAGGUGGCUGUUGUCGAACCACACCCUCUACCAUUGAAGUCAUUGCAAGAGUCCUGAAAGAACAAUGAUCACCCAAUUAACUUAGUACAUAGUGUAAAAUGUUCAUUUUACUUUUUCGAAUCAACAUUUCCACAUAACAUCUUGGGGGUUACGUGAUCAUAACUGAAGUAAAUAUUUGAGGGAAAAAUAGUUUUAUUACUAUCAAGAUUGAAUAGAAUACGAGAUAUUCUUACAAGUUCUUGAAAAGCUCUCAAAAGUAAAGUCACAAUUUAUCCUAGAUCAGUAGAUUGCCUUCUCCUUCACUUGGCAUUAAGUCAUUAACACAUAAAUUCUCUUGUUGUGCUUUGCAUACCAAAUGGAGCUAUUAUAGAGCUAAAGUCCCUUUGAACAACUAUUUCAUUUUUUUCAAUGUACGAAUGUCCUGUUGGCGAACCCUAGUGCUGCCAACAACUCACAUGUGGCUAUAAAAGUAUGAAAGUUUGAGCUUGUUGAACAAUGAUGAUCAAAUUUGAAUUGAAUUCUUCAAUUGAUUGUAUCAAGAUAUAUUUGAAGUUGAGUUCUUCACCUCUCC